AUGAUUGGCAGAGCCGCCAUGAAUGACCCUUGCUGUCUUGCCCACGCUGAUAAGCUAAUUUACGGAGCAAGCGCCAACCCUGAAAGUGCACACUGCAGACGAAGCCUCCUCAUGGCAUACACGGACUACCUGGAGCGCUACGAAGCACGCGUGGACGAGCCCAAAAGCCCUUUUGUCCUACUGAAGCCAAUUCUCGGCGUUUUGAGUGGCAUGCCAGGGCAAAGGCACUUCAGACACACACUUGACACCAAAAUACGACGCUCGGCUCCGGACGAGACGGCGGUGGAGGCACUGCACCAGGCCAUUGAUGCCGUAGACCAUGAAUUCCCGGGGGUUCUUGAUUACCCACUGAGUAUGGGAAAGAACCCGCGGUACGAAGAACUUCGUUCGUCAUUAGAACAACAACUGCGCUCUCCUGAUUAA